CAACAUUGUGGUUGCAGGGUGAAGUCGUGGGAUGGCUUGGGUCCAGUGAACUCAUCUUAAUGAAGGAGUCAAAAGAAGUACAGCCUAGAAAAAAUAAUCCUGUUAAUAAGGACAUUCAUAGUCAUGCAGAGAAGACAGAAAAAACAGAUGAAUAAGCCAGGAUUAAUAAUGCAAACCAGUGACAUCAAUGGUCAGAACGUCAGUGUAUUUAGGUUGGCAGUACGUGCCCUCAUCUCUGCGAUAGGUGAGCAUCGCUGGGAUGAUGCGUUUAAGCUAUUACCUUGUGUCGUCUUUCGAAUGGCAAGAGAUGUGCCUUUUGAUUUUUUUUGGAGGAUUACAGAUGUAGUAACCCGAAAUGCUACUGGGGUUUCUGUGUGUCUAAGAAAGCAGUUACUAAGAGAUUUGUGCCUUAUGAAAGUGAGAGCACAUGAAGUGGUGCUUGAUUCUUUAUCCCAGGACCUUCAAACAGCAAAUGAUUCUGACAUUGAUGAUUUAAUAGAGAUGCUACAAGACUUCAGGAAACAAGAUUACCUAAUACAUGGAGAUAAAAAACGCCUAAAAACUAUCUCAGAAGGUUAUAAUGGCCAGAUUCUCUAUAAUCGUUGGAAGAAUGGCCAAUGUCAAAAUGAACUUCAACUUUCUGAAUUACAGGAUGGUACAGAGUCCAACUCACACACUUCUGACACAGACUGGCUAAUUGUACAUGAAAUUUUUGGAAAUCAGGAGUCAACUACUGGAAAGAAGAAUCAAGUUCUAGCUAAACAAGCACAUUUUGCAAUGAAAAAUUCUAUAUCAAACCUCAAAGAACCUUGUGAGUGGUUAAUGGAAUGCUACCUACAUCUGGAGAAUGAGCUGUAUGGUACCGAGACAGCUGUCAACAUGCUUGAAGUAUAUAAAAAGAAGAACCCGGAUCAUUUACCUGCUCACCGCUUAUCAUAUUACUAUUUUAAGAAUUAUGUCCCAGAUAGUGAGGAAAAUCAGCUAAAGGAACUGAAGGAAAUUGCCAGAAUGUGUCCAGAUGAUCCUCUUGUUCUGGAACUUGUUGAUGUCAUUCUUAAAAAUAAUGACCAGAUUGAAUGUGAGUCACAAAUCCAACAAAGAGGCAGAGACAGUUUCUUGGAAAAAGCUGAUACAGUUGAAAAUCAUCAUUGUUCACUAAAUUCAAGUAAAACUGUAAGUGCCUUGGGGACGUGCCUCAACCUUGUGACUACCAUGUUGGAAUACAAAGAGUUUGCGUGGAAAUUGCAGCCAUGGCAAAGACUCUCAUACAUAAUCCAAAGAUUUUAUAUGGCAUGGAUAAGGUGCUGGAAAUGCUCCAUGUGCAAAAAGAGCCGUAAAUUGGCAUAUAAGGUGGCAGAAAGAGUGACAUCUCUAUGGAGAUACUGUGUGUGGAUUCCAGUUUCUGGACUCCUUUCCUAUGAGAAGGCUCAAGUAAUUUUCCAUCAUGCUUAUGCUGCUCAUGUGUUUUGUUACAGUAUAGGGUAUAUUCUGGAAACCAUUAAAACCUUGCAUAGAAGUGGUUACCAUAGUUUAGCAGUUGAGUUGAAACAUUCUUUAUCUUACCCUGGACCUUUCUUAAAGAAGUUCAACGCAUAUUCUGGGAUUAAGAGACAAAGGCUUGCAGAACUGGGUAUAGAAAAGAAAGGAACCAUUCAACAUUCAAUAGAAAAUUAUAUUGGGCUGCUUAGGAACCUCUCUUUUGAAGAUGAAGACUGUGAUUCAACUGAGGGUAAAGUAAAGUGUAACAAUAAUAUAGGUAAAAACAAUUUACAACCACAAUAUUCGGUGCCUUUAGUAACUGAUUUGAAGGUUAAUGGAAAUGUAUCUUUUGAUGAGCAAGAUAUUCUGCUCACCAGUACCCAAGUUAGGAGGGAAAUCCCAAUGCCUUUAGAACCUUCUCGUGUAGCUUUAAACCCUGCCCUUAAUUGUAGUUUUGCAGAAUUUAUGCAAAAUCGUGUAGGACAAGCUCACUUCACUAAUUCAGGGCAAAUGGAGAGUGCUGUCAAGAAUAACGACCCACCCAUUGAACAAAGGGAAAAACCACAGGAGAAAGGAACUCAAAUCAAAGUUAGGAGAGAAGAAAUAGACUCCCAAAAUAUUAAUGAAAUGGGAGGUAUUUAUGUAUUACAACACGAGGAAGGUAAUGUGUAUAAAAAGGAAAAAGUUUCAAUUUCAAAAAGUAAAAAGAAUGUUGAAGAAGAAUUUUCCAAACAGCAGAGGUUGCCUCUGCAUUAUGCAGGUAUUACUCAAAGACUCCAUUUUGAACCACAGGACUGUGAUGAUAUUAGUGUUGAUGAAGAUAGGUCAGAAUUAAUCAACAAAAUUGAACCUAUAGAUGAAAAUUACAGGGAUGAUAAAAUAUUUUCUAAUUCAAAAAGAGAAAAAUUGGGGCAAGAUAAGACAAAAAGUGAACCAGAAAGUCUGAUAUCCCAAUGUUUAACUUCUCCAGAUCAUGAACACCAGAACAGAGACCUAGAUAUGAAUUUUGAUGAAGAUAGCACUUAUGAUCCUCUGACUCAUUACACAUGCAGCUAUUCAGCCCAGUCUGAGACCCCCUGGAAAGAAAGUGUGUCAUCAGAUGAUUAUGAAACUGCCAACCAAGCUAGUAGAGAUCUAGAAAGGGAAUGUUCAGACAUAUCUGGCAUUACUAGGUCGCCUCACACUCAGACUCGGGAAACACACACUGAUAUUACAUCAAAUAAGGCCACUAACUGUAAUGAUUGUGAAAUGAAUUUAAUCCAUGAGUGUCAUCAAGCUAAUAGUUGUGGUCAAAAGUAUGAUAUAAGUGGGCAUAAAGCAGAAUGUUCUCAAGGGCAGGAAGGCAGCCUCUCUCCAGGUUGUGUUACAAGUGGUAGGGAAGACAAUGUGUGUUCCCAGGACAGGAAUAUACCUCUAUCAACAAAUAUGGAUCCUGAUGUUUGUUCACCUUCCAUGAGUGAAACAUUUUUAAGCUGUAACACAUUUGUUGCUCAGUCAAUUUCUCAACUGCAUAAUAAGUUUACAUUUAAUGGAACUUACAUUGUUCCAGAAACCCAAAGUCAAUCUAUUAAAGAAGAGGCAAGCCAACAGCUGGACAAGACUCUACAAUCACAAAUGUCAAUGAUUUCUAGUCACUUUAAAAAUCAGGUUAAAGAUGAAGCCUAUAGUGAAGACAAUAGUGAUGAUAAAGAUGAAAAUAAUUGCUCCUCAGAUGUAACUGAAACAAGUGAUCAGAUGGAAAGUGGUUUUGCUACAACCCAAUUUUCCUUAACUUCAGCUCAACAAGUGCCUCUGAAUGACAUGCAAAAUACUCAUAACUUUUGCUCUUCAGUGUAUAUUAUAAAUGAUACAGAUAAUGAUAAGAUUUGUAAGAUUGAGGGAGAAAUAUGUCCUCAUGAUGAGCCAAUAGAGCCACAAAUUCAUAAACAUCAUAAUAUUGGGAAUUUGGUUGACAGAUCUCGUACAGAAUCGGCUUCUAAAUCUGUUGUUUUAGAACAUAAGCCUAAUAGUAAUCAAAGCCAUUUGUUAGUCACUACCAAUAGAAUGAAAAGGUUUGUUAAUGAUGAUGAUACAUCUGAAUUCAAUUCAAAAGAAUGUGCAUUGGAAAAUCUUUGUAUACCUCCAGUAAGUAAAGGUGCUCAGAAUGAAUUUAGUGAUGAUGAAGAAUUCAUAGGAGUUACCCAAGAAGAGGUUGUCACUGCCACUCCCCAAUCACAUCUAUUUUAUCAUAAAAAAUCAUGCAAAACUUUCUUAUCUGAAAGUUUUGUGUCGGAUAGUACGAGUGAGAAUGAGACAGACAAUGCACUUGAUGAUUUAUAUACCUCGCUCCCAGCAAUGCAAGAAUCCAAACUCAAGCACUCUGUAUAUUCACCUCGGACGUCUAUGCCAGAAGGAAUUCAGACGGUAACUCUUUCGUCUGUUCUGCCAUAUAUGAAGGAGGACCUGGAGCUUUUGUCUCAACCAUUUAAUGGUGAUUGUAUUGACUGUAAAGAACAUUCUCCUGAGGAGUUUGGAGUGGUAGACACAUUUCUUCAUCAUCCAGAAGCUAAAAAUGAUUGUACAGCAAUGGUCAAAUUGGAGUUGGAACAUAUAUCAAGCAUAAAAAGUAACCGUAAGAAAAACGGUAAUUGCGAGUCUCAGGGAAUAAGAGCUAAUAGUAAGACAGGAGUCAGUAUUUUUCAGAAUGAGGAAGAAACCAAAGAAGACAAUAACAUUAUAUAUAAAACUACCUGUACACUUCUAGAAACCAAAGAAAGGAAGACACUUCUAGAAACCAAAGAAAGGAAGAAAAGGAAAAGAAAAGCCGAGUAUAACCAUUCAGUGCUUGAAAAGAAAAGAAAGAUAGAGUCUAACCACGCAGUGCUUGAAAAGAAAAGAAAAGCAGAUUCUAAUAAAUCAGUGCUUGAAAAGAAAAGAAAAGCAGAUUCUAAUAAAUCAGUGCUUGAAAAGAAAAGAAAAGCAGAUUCUAAUAAAUCAGUGCUUGAAAAGAAAAGAAAAGCAGAUUCUAAUAAAUCAGUGCUUGAAAAGAAAAGAAAAGCAGAUUCUAAUAAAUCAGUGCUUGAAAAGAAAAGCAAAGCAGAUUCUAAUAUAUCAGGGUUUGAAAAGAAGAGAAAACCCAAGCCUAACCACUCAGUGCUUGAAAAGAAAAGAAAGAUCAAGUCAAUCCACUCCGUGCUUGAAAAGAAAAGACAAGUAGAUUCUAAUAAAUCAGUGCUUGAAAAGAAAAGAAAAGCAGAUUCUAAUCACCUCGUGCUUGAAAACAAAAGACAAGCAGAUUCUAAUAAAUCAGUGCUUGAAAAGAAAAGAAAAGCAGAUUCUAAUCACCUAGUGCUUGAAAACAAAAGACAAGCAGAUUCUAAUCACCUAGUGCUUGAAAACAAAAGGCAAGCAGAUUCUAAUAAAUCAGUGCUUGAAAAGAAAAGAAAAGCAGAUUCUAAUCACCUAGUGCUUGAAAACAAAAGACAAGCAGAUUCUAAUAAAUCAGUGCUUGAAAAGAACAGAAAAGCAGAUUCUAAUCACCUAGUGCUUGAAAACAAAAGACAAGCAGAUUCUAAUCACCUAGUGCUUGAAAACAAAAGGCAAGCAGAUUCUAAUAAAUCAGUGCUUGAAAAGAAAAGAAAAGCAGAUUCUAAUCACCUAGUGCUUGAAAACAAAAGACAAGCAGAUUCUAAUCACCUAGUGCUUGAAAACAAAAGACAAGCAGAUUCUAAUAAAUCAGUGCUUGAAAAGAAAAGAAAAGCAGAUUCUAAUCACCUCGUGCUUGAAAACAAAAGACAAGCAGAUUCUAAUAAAUCAGUGCUUGAAAAGAAAAGAAAAGCAGAUUCUAAUAAAUCAGUGCUUGAAAAGAAAAGAAAAGCAGAUUCUAAUCACCUCGUGCUUGAAAACAAAAGACAAGCAGAUUCUAAUAAAUCAGUGCUUGAAAAGAAAAGAAAAGCAGAUUCUAAUAAAUCAGUGCUUGAAAAGAAAAGAAAAGCAGAUUCUAAUAAAUCAGUGCUUGAAAAGAAAAGAAAAGCAGAUUCUAAUAUAUCAGGGUUUGAAAAGAAGAGAAAACCCAAGCCUAACCACUCAGUGCUUGAAAAGAAAAGACAAGCAGAUUCUAAUCACCUAGUGCUUGAAAAGAAAAGACAAGCAGAUUCUAAUCACCUAGUGCUUGAAAAGAAAAGACAAGCAGAUUCUAAUCACCUAGUGCUUGAAAACAAAAGACAAGCAGAUUCUAAUCACCUAGUGCUUGAAAACAAAAGGCUAGCAGAUUCUAAUAAAUCAGUGCUUGAAAAGAAAAGAAAAGCAGAUUCUAAUCACCUAGUGCUUGAAAACAAAAGACAAGUGGAUUCUAAUCACCUAGUGCUUGAAAAGAAAAGACAAGCAGAUUCUAAUCAAUCAGUGCUUGAAAAGAAAAGAAAAGCAGAUUCUAAUAAAUCAGUGCUUGAAAAGAAGAGCAAAGCAGAUUCUAAUAAAUCAGGGUUUGAAAAGAAGAGAAAACCCAAGCCUAACCACUCGGUGCUUGAAAAGAAAAGACAAGCAGAUUCUAAUCACCUAGUGCUUGAAAACAAAAGACAAGCAGAUUCUAAUCACCUAGUGCUUGAAAACAAAAGGCAAGCAGAUUCUAAUCACCUAGUGCUUGAAACGAAAAGAAAAGCAGAUUCUAAUAAAUCAGUGCUUGAAAAGAAAACAACAACCAGGUCUAGUCAUUUAAUGCUUGAAGAAUGGGAUAAUUUUAUGGAUGAUCUCCCCAUUCCAAUAUUUGAUGGCACAGAAGAGAAAACUGGGAGAAAUGAUUUACCUGUUCAUCCAGAUGUAACUGAAAAUUUUAAGGGAAAGAGUUAUGAUAACAGUAAUAUAUAUACAGUACCAAAAAAUGCAACAAAAAAAGACCAUCAGGUCUUACAAAAAGAGGAAGAUAUACUCUCUUUGUGUAAAGAAUUACCUUUUCCUGACUUUCUUGAUGAUAUUAAUCCAAGUGAGAGUGAUCCAUGCAAGACAAAACAGAAAAGGAGAAAAGGUAAAUUAGGUCAGUUGCCCAAUGAGAAUAACACACUACAUCUAGGGAGUUUUGAAGUUGAUGAUGGCAGUUUUAUAUCACAGAAGAAACCUAAGAAACAAAAGCCUAUAGAAGGUAAAGUACAAAAGAGACAUGAAAGUGGACUAUGCCUGUUAACAGAGGUUUCCUAUGUGUUUGAAAGCAAACCCAAGAAGAGGAAAAUAUCUCGAUCUGGUAGUAAAAAUAAUUUUGUUGGCCUGAAUAAUGAAGACUAAUGCAGGAGACAAUUGUAAUAUUCAGGAAUUUGAGAUUAAAGAGAUACUCAAAACUGACCAAAGGUGUUUAUCAGUCUUCAACUACAACAAAGAAAGCAAAAAUAAAAUAAUUUCAUUCAUAUAUUGAAAGUGAAUUAUUAUGGCCUGAUGAUCAAGAAAACAUGGAAGAGCGUCUAUUGUCUGGGAAACUGAAAAGUAAGGGCACUCUUAGAAAGAGGAAGCAGGUUAGCAAAGUGAAUAAUAAAUAGUCUACUUUAGAACUUCCAGAAAAAUCCUUUGCAUCAUCUAAAAAAUUUUGUGAAUCUGGAAACAAACUUUAGAGAAGUUAAACAAAAUGUUGUCUUGUUGGAUAUAAAUAUUACCUAGGAAAAACUUGUACUCGGGAAGGUGAUUUAUUACCUGACAACAGAAAAAAAUGUUUUGUGGACUCGACUAUCACAAAAGAAAAGAAAGGAAAUGUGUAUACUGAUAUACAGUACGUAUAAUGAAAAUAAUGAGGAACAGAAGAAAAACAGUAAAAUAAUUGAAAGACUCAGCAUAUCAGCUGAAGUUGUUAGUGAAACAAUUGAGAGGUCAUACAAGAAAGAAUUAUGGACUGGCAAUGAUAACAAAGAUGUUAUAUCAAAUCGUAAAAGUAAUCUGGACAUGCCAAGUCACUAAAUGAUUUCUUGCAUUCAUAAGAACAAAAGAAGUGAAGAGUUGCAAAA